AAUUGUAUAUAAUUGUUUUAUUAAGUGGCAGCUUUACCAGUCAGCUGUGCUUGACAUAGUGGCAACACUAUCCGAGCAGCUGUGUAUGACAGGGGCAACACCGCGGUACAAGCCAACAAGCUUUUAUUAUUUUUAAAAUCCAAAAUACAACAAUGGAGCCACCGUAUGCACCUUUAAGUGAGUCCUGUGCCAAAGCAUUGGGCGAUAAAGUCUACGACAAGCGAAAGGUAGCCUCACAGGAGAUUGAAAAAAUGGUCAUUGAGUUUAAUAAUAAGAAUAAUGCAACACAAAUACGAAAGCUGAUCGAGGUGCUCUCCAACGACUAUGCCACGUCACGUGAUGCCAAUCGGCGCAAAGGAGCGCUCAUUGGGUUGGCUGCCACGGGCUUGGGGUUGGGAAAGGAUUCGGAUAAAUACGUGAACGAGCUUGUGACGCCCAUUAUGAACUGUUUGUCCGAUCCUGACUUGCGUGUACGUUACUUUGCUUGUGAGUCCCUAUACAAUGUGGUUAAAGUAGCCCGUGCAGCCAUUAUACCCUACUUCCCAGAGCUAUUCGCUGCUUUAUCGCGUUUGGUCACCGACUCCGAUCAAAUGGUGAAGGAUGGCAGCGAGUUGCUGGAUCGCUUGCUAAAGGACAUUGUUACUGAAUCGUAUGAGACCUUCAAUCUAGAGGCCUUUAUUCCCCUGCUUAGGGAGCGCAUGUAUGUGAACAAUCCCUUUGCACGUCAAUAUGUUAUUUCGUGGAUCUCAAUUCUAAAUGCUGUACCCGAUAUUAAUAUGGUUAAUUAUUUGACCGAAAUACUGGAUGGUCUCUUUGUGAUGCUAGAGGAUAAUACGCCGGAAAUUCAGCGCAUGUGCGAGAAUACGAUUAGUCAGUUCUUAAAGUCUAUACGCAAUGAUUCUUCCUCAGUACGCAUGGAGGAGACUAUCAACACGUUGAUUACACACGCACAAUCGCUCAAUGAACUAAUCAAAUCCAUUGCUAUUUCAUGGAUUAGAGAAUUUGUUCAAAUAUUUGGACCUAAUGUGUUGCCUUAUGCGAGUGGCAUAUUUACGGCCAUUUUGCCAUGCCUUGAGUACAAUGUGGAGUCCAAGCGCAGCAUAAAGGAGUGCGCUGUCUCUGUGAACAACUCAAUGAUGCAGCUGGUCUCUUCAAAGGAGUUGAAAACUCAGAAUGUGGCCAACAUUGAUUUACGUUCGAUUAUGGAGGUGCUCUCGCAAUAUCUCGCGCACAACUCAAUGCAUACAAAAAUUGCAGUGCUCAAAUGGAUUCAUCAUCUCUUUUUAAAUUUUCCCAAUGAAAUGGCGCUGCACGACAGCAAUUUGAACAACAAUCUGUUGGCCACACUGUCGGACAACUCGGAUGAGGUGGUACUGCAAAGCUUAUGUGUGCUGGCCGAGAUUAUCAAUUCUCAGGAUACAAGGGAACUAGAUGAUUUCAAUAAGCCACAUUAUCGCAAAUUUUUGCUGAGCUUGUUGAAUCUGUUCAGCGAAGACAAACUGAUAUUGGAAAACCGAGCUAGUCUUAUUAUAAGAAACCUUUGUGUUCUUCUGAAUGCUGAGUACGUUUAUCGCACCUUUGCCGAGAUCAUAGCUGAGGAAGUGCCCAAUUUAAAGUUUGCUUCUACGCUUGUGCGACUGUUAAACAAUAUAUUGUUGACCUCAACCGAACUGUUUGAGUUGCGCACUAGCUUGCGCGAGAUAUCGGAUGAGAAAUCAGCGGAUCUGUUUCAAUGCCUUUACAAAAGCUGGGUCUGCUGCCCAGUGUCCACCCUGUCCCUUUGUUUAAUAGCUCAGUGCUAUCAGCAUGUCUCUGAGCUGGUCAUUCUAUUCGCGGAUGUUGAAAUCACGCUGGAACUGCUCUGCGAAUUGGAUAAGCUAGUGCAGCUUAUUGAAUCUCCAAUAUUUGCUGCACUGCGCUUAACGCUUGUGUCCAAAUCGAAUAAUUGUGCAGAUGCGCAGUAUCUGGCACAUGCCCUCUUUGGCAUACUUAUGUUGCUGCCGCAAACUUUGGCCUUUGAAACGCUCCGCAAUCGCCUGCAAUGUGUGCCCACCUAUUGGGCUCGAGAGCCCAUCGACGAGCGUAACUCCUUGGAGUAUAAGAGCGGCAUCGACUUUGUAUCACUUCGCGUCCAUUUCAUCGAACGGCAAAAGUCUCAGCGGGCUCAGCGUCUAAUACAACGGAAACGUUCGGUAAUUACGCCGGAUUGUAACUAAUUUGAUAUAUAAAGAAGUAUUUUAUAAGUUAACAAUAGGCAUAAAGCGUAAUUUUUAUCCAAAUAUAAAUGUAUGUCCUGUUCGAAAAAAAAGCGCCGAUGCUAGUUUCUGUAAAGGAAAAA